AUGGUGUCACUCGAUGUUGUAAACAAAUCUCACGUGCUUAUGUAUUUCAAUCAAUUGGAAGAUGUUAAAGCGUUUUCUUUUGUAUCUCAUACAUCACGAGAAGCGUUGUGUCAAAUUACUGAAAAUCCAGUUUUGGACGAAAUGAUCAUACCUAACAAAGUUCCUCUUUCUAAAUUGAUCAACAUUUUUCCUUCUCUUAAAAGACUCAACUGCCCACUUGUUUACCUUUCAACAAUAACUUUUAACAAUCAAAACGAGAAAAAUUUGAAGGUGUAUUUGUCGAGUCAAAUCUCUUCGAAACAACUCAACUUUUUGAAUUUGGAACAAAUCACUUGUGUUCCACAAAAUCUUUCAUUUCUUUUACAAUUUCCUUUGCCUAAAUUAAAGUUAGUCAGUCUAUCGACAACAGAAAAUUUAAACGUCAUUCUGAAAAAUUGCAGUUUAGAGCGAGUCCUUCUAUUUCCUAAGUCAGAAAAAAUUCUUGUGGAAAUGAUUGACACCGUCGAGGCCUUGUUCUUCGGCAAACAAACUAAAAGCACAAACGCCACAUUCGUGUUUGUGAUUGUCAAGUUCAACCAAGAAGUUUCCGAAUUCGACAAAACACGUCUCAGCAACUUGGCGCUUACAACUAAAACCAAAAUAUUCGACUUCUCUUCUCACACUCUUACGAACUUUUCUUGUGACUUCUUAGACACAAAUAACGACCAAAAGAUCUGUUUGUCUUUUAUACCCACACUCUUCGAUGGGUGUACACUCUAUAA